AUGAGUGUAAAUAUAAGCGAAGCAAAUAUUGAAGUAGACGUAGUGCGUUUAGAUUCAGACAUUAUCGACGAACACCUUCGAUCUUCGACUGCGGUACUGCAUGAUAUUUUAAAUGAUGAAAAAGAGCAAUCUGCGGAGAACGGUGGUCGGGCUUGUUCUCAAUGCGGGAAACUAUAUAAAAACGCUAAUACUUUGCAUAUGCAUUUUAUGCUGAAACAUCCCGAAGAUAAAAUCGAAGUUCAAUGUACAUCGUGUAACAAAAAAUAUUCAUCUUUACUGAGUUUGCAGAAACAUGUACGUUACAUGCACCGAUAUUCACAUCGCUGCAAGGCUUGUUACAGGACUUUCGCCUCGUCUGAAAUUCUAGAACAACAUGGAGCAAACUGCAGCAAAGCUGAUACGCCGUGUACGGUGUGUGGAAAAAUAUUUAACUCGAAAUUAGCCCUGCGUAACCACUUAAAAUACAAACAUCCUGAGACGAAGAAAUAUUGUUGCCAUGUCUGUUCAAGAUCAUUCGUAAGUGACCGGGGUUUGAGCAAUCAUAUGGCUUCGAUACAUCCACCUGGUGCAACAGAAUGCAACUGGUGUGAGAAAGUCUUCAAUUCUACUCCAGCACUUCAGAGCCACAUACUCCACAAGCACACGCAAGAUGGCGUCAGAUGUAUUCAGUGCCCCAAAUUGUUCACGUCUAAAAUUAGCCUCGGGCGACACUUAAUCAAGGUGCAUGGUCGUACUGAACUUAAUUACUUUUGUGCGGUUUGUAAUGAUCGUUUUUUUAACUCCAGCAAUCUAGUCAGUCAUGUUAUACAAAAGCAUUCAUCUGACAAAAUACCCAAAAUUUAA